AUGGCUCCUUCUUUAGUGAGAUUAUAUGAACAAAUGCCUGAACCGAAAUAUGUUAUUGCUAUGGGAGCCUGUACAAUUACAGGGGGGAUGUUCAGUACCGAUUCGUAUAGUACGGUUCGAGGAGUUGAUAAGUUAAUUCCUGUAGAUGUCUAUUUGCCCGGUUGUCCACCAAAACCAGAGGCGGUUAUAGAUGCUAUAACAAAACUUCGUAAAAAACUCGCUCGAGAAAUUUAUGAAGAUCGAAUUAAGUCUCAACAGGGGAAGCGGUCUUCGGGCGGAAUGUUAACUAGUGUAUAUCAUCUUACGCGAAUAGACUAUGGGAUAGAUCAACCCGAAGAAGUCUGUAUAAAAGUAUUUGCCCCAAGGACGAAUCCUAGAAUUCCGUCUGUUUUCAGGGUUUGGAAAAGUGUGGAUUUUCAAGAAAGGGAAUCUUAUGAUAUGUUGGGAAUAACUUAUGAGAAUCAUCCACGCCAAAAGCGUAUCUUAAUGCCAGAAAGUUGGAUAGGGUGGCCCUUACGUAAGGAUUAUAUUGCUCCCAAAUUUUUUGAAAUACAAGAUGCUCAUUAA